AUGCCGCCUAUUGGCCUGAACGUCACCGCCGUCGAUGGCCUCGACGCUGCGCAUGACGCACCCUGCUGCUUCCGCCACACCAUUAGUGCUGCUGUUCAUCGCUGUCCUCGCGAGACCGUUACUCCACCAACACGCCGCGGGUCGAGCUGCAGUGGUGUGCGCAACAACGCAGGUGUGGGCGAGCAGGAGAGUCCGUCGUUCUUAAAAGUCAAAAACUCGGAGGUGCUCGCCGCCCUGUUUGUUGGCGCCGCCGUCUCCAUGCCGUUGGACCAGCCCCCGCCCCGUCGGCGCGCCCCAACCUUCCACGCGCAUCCGGACGCCGACGCGAGGCAGCUCCUCGGCGCGCUCCUGCCGCGGCGCGCGGCCACCGCCCGCCACGUCCAGCAGGCGCACGCCCGCCUCGCCGUCCUCGGCCUCGCCACCGCGCGCGUCCUCCCGCACCUCCUCGCCGCCCUCCCCCGCCUCCCGCCGCUCCACGACGACGCCUCCUCCUCCUACCCGCUCUCCCUCUUCCGCCGCUCCAACUCCUCCUCCGCCUUCGCGUCCAACCACCUCCUCCGCGUGCUCCCGCACCCGCUCCCGCUCCGCCUCUUCCCCGGCCUCCCGCGACGCAACCCCCACUCCUUCACCUUCCUCCUCUCCUCCAUCUCCAGCCACCUCGACGCCGACCGCUACGGCGGCCCGGCCUCCUCCUCUCUGGGCUCCCACGUGCACGCGCUGGCCGUGAAGGCGGGCGCGGCCGGCGAUCUCUACGUGCGGAACGCGCUUACGCACUUCUACAGCGUCUGCGGCGACGUGGGAGCGAUGCGGCGGGUGUUCGACGAGCUGCCGCGCGUGCGGGACGUCGUGACCUGGAACGCGAUCCUUGCCGGGUACGUCCGAGCGGGCAUGGCGAGGGUUGCAUGCGAGGUGUUUGAUGAAAUGCCGGUCAGGGAUGAGGUUUCCUGGAGCACCGUGGUGGGCGGGUAUGUGAAGGAAGGAGAGCUGGAUGUGGCGCUAGCGUUGUUUAGGGAUAUGGUGGAGAAGGGGGUGAGAGUGAAUGAGGCUGCGGUGGUGACAGCAUUGUCAGCGGCUGCACAGCUGGGUUUGCUUGAGCACGGGAGGUUUGUGCACCAGGUUGUCCAUCAAGAAGGGAUGCCGAUCAGUGUAAAUGUAGGGGCUGCCAUGGUGGAUAUGUAUGCCAAGUGCGGGUGUGUGACAGUGGCAAGGGAAGUUUUUGAUGGGAUGCCGAGGAGGGAUGUUUUUGCAUGGAACGCCAUGAUCUGUGGACUUGCUUCUCAUGGGUUGGGACAGGAUGCAGUGGAACUCUUUGAACGGUUUCUUGGCGAGGGUUUGUGUCCAACGAACAUUACGUUUGUUGGCGUGCUAAAUGCCUGCAGCCGCUUUGGCCUUGUUGCUGAGGGGCGGCGGUAUUUUGAAUCAAUGGCUGAAAAAUAUAGCGUUGAGCCAGAAAUGGAGCAUUACGGCUGCAUGGUUGAUCUUCUAGGUCGGGCCGGUCUUGUUCCAGAAGCCAUUGAAUUGAUCGAAGGGAUGCCUAUUGCACCUGAUCCAGUUCUCUGGGGCACUGUACUCUCGGCUUGCAAGAAACAUGGCCUGGUGGACCUGGGGGUCAAGGUUGGUAACAAGCUAAUUGAACUGGAGCCAGCUCAUGAUGGCCACUAUGUCCUCCUUGCAAGUAUAUAUGCCAAGGCAAAGAAAUGGGAUGAAGUCAGGGAAGUCAGGAAGCUGAUGUCUAGUCGGGGUACCAGCAAGUCAGCUGGCUGGAGCUUGAUGGAAGCACAGGGAAACGUGCAUAAGUUUCUUGUAGGAGACAUGGAUCACAAGGAUUCCAUUCAGAUAUAUAACAUGCUUGACAUGAUUAACAGAAGGUUGGCAGAUGCAGGGUAUGUACCAGACGUGUCAUCUGUAUUGCAUGACAUUGGAGAUGAAGAGAAAGCGCAUGCAAUCAAGGUGCACAGCGAGCGUCUGGCAAUUGCUUAUGGGUUCAUAGUUACGGAAGUUGGCAACCCGAUCCGUAUUGUUAAGAACCUUCAGGUGUGUGGGGAUUGUCAUGAAUUCAGUAAGAUGGUGACAAAGGUUUUCAAUAGGGAGAUUAUUGUGAGAGAUGGUAGUAGAUUCCAUCAUAUGAAAGAAGGGAAGUGUUCUUGCCUUGACUAUUGGUAGUUAAUCAGCUGAUGUUUUUGUUGUUGUUGUUGAAUUCAACCAUUUUGCUGGAGUCUAAGAGUUGGUGGCUGACAGGAAUUUUCUAGUUUGCAGCAGAUCCCAGUUCAUUUGAUAUCGUUAGCCUCUUGCUGCUUAAGUUUCCAGCUGGGGUUUUUAACCCAAAACUAUGGGGGAGGCCCGACAGUAAAUUCUAUACAGGAGUUUGCGCAAUUGAGUCAAACCAGAUGCAAACAGGAUCAGCAAUAUCAGAUUUCAUUCUAAAGGAGAUGAGGUAAAGCUCCCUAAAUAAAAGACCAGGAUUCUAAGCUAGAGGAGAUGUCGAAGAUUUUUACAUUCCUUUGUUUCUAAUUGCACUAGGGAACAAUGAUGUAAGCUUCCAUGAAGAAGGGAUUGUGGAAGUUUAAUUUGGCAUAGGCAGAGGCAAUCGUGUUGUCGAAGUUCUAAGAUGAUGCUGGGGCAAAUUGAUAUGAUUCUAUAAGGACAGUGCCAGAAGAGAUGAUCAGUGGUCCCUACAGAUUCAGUAGAGUAUAGAACACAGUUGUCUCUGCCUCCAAUGUCCUUAUUUUUUCCGUUAAAGCAUGUCUCUGGUAUUGAGUCUGUCCAUGAAAAGCAGCCUGGCAAAAGCUUUGGUCUUUGAAGUACAUUUGGAGGACCAGAUACACUUAGACGGAUCAGGUGGCUGAGUAUCAGAAAAUUCACGCCCGUAAACCUCGGAGAAAGAAUAGAGUCCACCACCGCCCCAGGGCUAGAACCAGGCGGCGCCAGCAUUACUGUUGAGGUGUGCAUCCUGGAGGAUGGAACUGAGGAGCUGCAGCUUGUCAAAAGCUUGAGGAGAGAGGGGCAGGUGGUAAAGAUCCAAGAUGUCGGAGUGAGCCAGGGCCUGGGGCUCAGAGAUCUGGUUGUUGAUGAAAAAGGGGUGAAGCUUGGGGAGGCAAAGGUGAAGCUUUGGCUCAGAGCCGGGCCAGCGAUCACUCAAAAAAACCAAUGGUGCUGCCCCUUCCGGCAGAGCAAGAGGGCACAUGGAGGAAUUUGCUGUGAAGAUUGAACACGCCUCGCUAGCAGGAGCCUGUAGGGGACGAGGCGCAUGAGGGAUCAAGUCGUUGUAGUAGUUCCAAACCAGCCUGGCCUAGGAGAUAUCAUGAUUGUUGUAGAAUUUAUGAAGGUAUUCCAUGAGGAGUGCAUCAUUUUGAACUGUGAGGUUGGUGAUGCCAAGUCCAACAUCCUUCUUUGGCUUGCAAACUUUCUCCAAAGCAACAAGAGCCUUGGCUCUGUUGGAGAGAUCAAAUUUGCCCCACAAGCAAACACACCGAACUCUGUCAAUGUUGUUUCAGAACAAUGAUCUCUCUUCUGAACUGAUGGCAUUGAUGGAAGAAUUCAAAGCUCUGAGCAUUAGCAGUGCAGUAAUGGACAGUUGUUUUCAGUGGGUAAGAGAUAUGUUUUCAUCUUUCUACACACUACAAUUAAGUUUAUCCUGAUAGCAAAACCAUAAUUCCUGAAGAAGUAUUCACAUUCACCCCUUUUUUUGUCGUUCUCUCAUGCGGCUUCCGUCCUACUGAUGGAUAUCCCUUGUGAUGAUACCUUAACGAUCUCUUAAGCAGCGAGUACCUUUAGCUCAAGGUUUCAAAAAAGGCUAAAUGUGUUGUCUUCAUCUCUUCACGUCAUGGAUCCAUCAGCUUGCAAUGCCUUUGUUCAGUUGAUUGGACAUGGAAGUACACUUUUACUCGUGAUGUUAGGCAUGUUUUACACACAUGAAAUUCAUCGAGUGGGUGAUAGAUCUCCCGGAUGAUCCACUCAUGUGUUGAGAAAGCUAAAGCAACAAAGGGUGGGUAAAUCAAAUUUGCAGCAUGCUAAUGAUGAUGCACACACAAAAAAUUGUCGGCAGACGGCACUGCAGAAAGCAAUCUUCAAAGUACCAGAAGACAAAGAUGCUAACCUGGAAGUACAUUGGAGUCAUAAAAUGCCUGAAGGAGGAUAUUUCCUCUGUCAGAGCAACAUAGUUUGGGAAAGCAAUCAAGUGAUUCUUCUCACACAUGCCCUUGCUGUUUAAGAUGGUGAGGCAAUCACAGCGAUCGAAUUCUGGGGAAAAGCCAAGAUCAUUGGCAAAAGUCAAGUGAUUGCAUCAUCAUAACCUCAAGGCCAGGAUAAUUGGGGGUCACAGUGCCAUAUGCAUAAUAUUGUCACCGGAACAAGAUCUGGCGUCGACGUACAUUACUUUGCCGAUGUGGAACUGUGGAGAAUUGGCCUGGUAUUUCUGUUUGUCGGGGAGUAAGUUUAUGCUGGUUUGCAAGACACAUUCAACACAACCUGGUAGACGGUGCAGGACCUACCGUCUCCAUAAUUUACAUGGAAAAUGAUGUCUGCAGUAAUAAUCUGAGUUCUAGUCAUCCAUGUUUCUUGGGUGUAAGUGUAACCCAGCCCAUAUAAUGAGAAACCUUUUAUUUUUCACUUGUAUGGUCAAUGUAUGGAAGUCACACAACCAGCUACUGUCGCCAGGCAUGUCGGCGAAAGCCCAGAUUUGUUGCAAGGACUUGCACUGUUUAACUACUUGGUCAUAAGCGAUGCACAUAACUGGUCGUGCUGAAGAUGAUAAUGUGGUUGAUGUAACUGGUGGUGCUGAAGAUGAUAAUGCGGUUGAUGUAACUGGUCGUGCUGAAGAUGAUAAUGUGGUUGAUGUUGAUUACCUAGGAAAAGUCUUAUUGCA